AUGAACGCCCACGCCCUCCUCACCUCCCAGGGCUGGCGCGGCCACGGCCACACCCUCCACGCCACCGACGACUCGACGGGCCUGGCCAAGCCCAUCCUCGUCUCGCGCAAGGACAACAAGCUCGGCGUCGGCAAGAAGGAGCACGCCACGGCCGACCAGUGGUGGCUCAACGCCUUUGACCAGCAGCUCCAGGGCCUCGACACGUCCAAGCCGGGCGUCGUCGUGCAGACCGUGACCAACGGGCGCCUCAACGCUAUCGCGACGGCGGGCGCGGGGAAAUACAAGGGGUGGGCGAGCCUGUACACGUCGUUUGUGAGCGGCGGCCUGCUGGAGGGGACGAUCAAGGUCAAGGAGUCCUCCAGGAGCGGCAGCAGCAGUAGUGGUAGCGGGACGGAGACGACGGCGACGCCCGAGGUAGAGGACGGCGCACCGGCGGUGAGAAAAGAGAGCAGAGAGGAGAGAAGGGCGAGGAAAGAGGCUAGGAGGAAACGGAAAGCCGAGAGAGCUACGCGAAGAGUUGAGAGGGCCGCUCGGAGGGCGGCAAAGGCCGAGGCAAAGCUAGCAAAGGGAAAGGAGAGCGAGGUCGAGACCAAGGCAGAAAGGAGAGCUCGGAGGGAAGAGAGGAGGAAAAGAAAAGAGGAGAAAAGGCGUGCAAAGGGAGAUACGGGAUGA